AAAACUUGAUGCCAGACGCAGAAAGUCCCUUACAGGCUCGAAGCACUGAGGUAAAUGGUGGAGUUGGGAGGGAUGGCGCCAUGCCUGAGGGUUGUUCAGCAGAAAAAUCAGUCAAUACACCAGAGGGCGCAUCGGAAAAGACACCAGUCAAUGUGCCAAAUGCAUCACCGCAGGGAGAACAUUGUGAUGUAGCACCACCGAAUGAGAACCUCGCAGAAAACAGGAAGCCACAACAGGUCCAAAGAGCUCAGCACAAGAGGGGAAGGAGAAGUAAAGCACCCAUAAUCGAUGACAGGACUGUGAUAAGCCAGGAGGAAUUCCAGGGGUGGAUGAGGAAUACAUCAGACAUACUGCGUGCCCGUCAAGGCCAAGCUGACACGAUCAGGGCUAACGCUCAUGCCCAACGGCUGAAAACCUGCUUCAGCUUGCCAUCAUCUUCAGACGUCGUCAGUUAUGAUCCUUAUGAAGGGAAAUUUGUGCCCAAAGUCUGCGCACAAAAAAUGGCUGUUCUUACACGACACUUGGAGUUGGAGCCGAGCGAUCCGGCGGGCUCUGCAACGAGGACACGCAAGCAACCAAGGGUGAACCAUAGCGAAGAAAAUAAGGAUGGCAAGGAAAACAGAGACCGGGAGGAGGAUGGAGCGGAGCAACCACAGCAGCGGCCUAGUUCUUUACAUGCAGAUGUGGAAAUGGAACAGCCCCCCGAGAUUGGUAAUCAGUACUCGCCAGAAAAAGUCCUGGGCCUGACUUAUCGUGCACUCAUUACAAACCGAGUACAAAAGAGCUAUUUGCCACUGCAGAAUGAUCAUGAAUGAGUGUGACGCUCUUGUUCUACCUGUUGGCUGACGUCAAUACGUUUGUUUGGUCUCAAGAGUCAAAACUUCGC